AAUGACCGACGAGGUGACCACAUUCACGAAAGUCAAGGCUUUCCUUUCCCUCUUGUUCUACAAGACCUUCGUCUCCGUCACACUGUACGAUGCGGUCUGUCAAGCCGUCGAGCGGCCCACCAUAGGCGCCCCAUAUCUGAUCAAGAAGUUAUCUUAUCUCUACCGACGGGACCUCGAAGUGCUCGUUCCAAUGGUGUGCCAACGCAUCGCCUCUGCUACCUGGGGCCUUUCUCUUAUCUUCAUUAUCAGACAGAACUUUCUUGAGGAAGUCGAUGAGGAUAUCUUAAUGGAGCGUAUCGAUGCGCUUGGCCCUGUCGCGUUUACUCUUACGUGCUUUGUCCCAACCCUCGCGACUCGCGUGUACUACUGCACAGAGAUCAUGAUCGCGUCGUUCUCCCCUGCAGUCGGGGUUUUGCAGAUACUUUUCGUGCUGCUUCCGGGGAUGUUGGGCCUCAUCGCAAAGGUCAAGCAAGUUUACUCAGGCCUGAUUGAGACACCGAGGUGCGCCACUCUUUCUGCUUCGGCCUUGAGCUUCGGCCUUGAGAUGCCGGCAAUUCACCGAACUUUCAACAGGCUAGCAGUUGUUGCAACGGGAAUGUA